AUGGAUCCAGCUCCGUCGCCCUUUCUUGCCCUCCCUGUCCAUAUUCGGAAACGCAUCUAUCGCUUUGCUCACCUUCUGCGGCCAUGUCCGAUUCUCAUUGUCCCGCGCUCAAGAGCGGUGACAGACUCUCCGGCUGGUCACCCAGGUCCAUUUUGCAGAUCCGAGGAAUCUGCAUCAGAAGGGGCUUUGGAAUCUCAUAUGCUGCUUGGGCAGAGGAAAUGCACGUGUCCUGCUCUUCCAAAGCAGCUGCUUCUCAUCAACAAGGCUCUCCACAGGGAGACGCUGGAGAUCCUAUACGGCGAGAACACAUUCGCCAUCUGUGCACAUGAGACCGAAGACUUCGAAGCCUUCAGGAUGAUCUCAAACGACGCUCUGCACGCAUUACGCCGGCUUGUGGUCCGGUGGAAUAGCGUGCCAUUUAUCCACGCUCAUGAGCACAACAAUGGCUCUUGUCUGAUAUGUCGAGCACCUGUGUCUCUGUGGCGUUCCGAAUCUAUGUUCCCAGAGUGGAAGCUUGUCUGCCAACUUUUGGCACGGAGUCUUGCACCAGUUCACCUCAAGCUAGAUCUUAUCAUUAACGUCCAGGACUCGACUACCAUGCACCGGAUCUUUGCGUCAUCAUAUUGCCUUCCACGCCUUCUAGAUUGCAAUAUCUGGAUGGGAAGGGAGGUUGAUCCACACAUGACUUCGUUUGCAAGCUUGACUGCACAAUACCUCUUAACAAAACCGAGCCCAGAACUUGAAAGAAACACAAGAAAAGCUCAGACUCCCUUAGCACUACUGCCACUGGAGGUUCGUCGUCGCAUAUACAUGUUCACGAACCUCAGGUACAAUGGACCCUUCUUGGCAAAAGGAAAUGAAAUAUGCGUCAAGGAUGGAAAGUUUGUCCCGUCGCUCAGUCCCGAGUGCAUCCAUGCAACCUGCAUAAAAUGCUCAACUACGGCAGUCCGUUGCCUCUGCCGAUAUGGAUUGGAGUGGCAGUCGUUCUCUCCCCAUUGCCAGUGUCGAGACUUGCCCGUCAAACUCCUCCGUGUAAGCUGGCAAAUGUACGCAGACGCGGCCGAAGUUCUGUACUCUACGAAUAUCUUUACAUUUUCAGGUUCAUUCCUAAAUACUUUGAAAAUGUUACAGUCAUUUAGACCAGAAACUCUGAAGCUCUUUCGUCGGAUCCGGUUCGAAUUUGAUUUUGAGCAAACCAAGGCCUGGGAUAAGCAAGAAACAUCUUUCCUGUCUCUCUUCUCGUUCAUCGGCAAACAUUUCGAUGUCUCCCAGCUUCUGCUUAUCAUAGACACCAACAAAGAUUAUUAUGCAUGUCUGGAAAGGGAAUUUGGCGAACCAACAAUGAAAAACCUAUAUGAUGCCUACACAAGCAUUAUGCGGUGGGUCAAGUUCAGCCUGCCCGGACUGGCAGAUUUUCACGUCGUCCUCGGCAUGUUUUUGGGUCUAGAGACUGUGUUUGAGAAGCACGUCAUGGGUCCGCAGUAUGAUAGCAAGAGAGGGAACCGAUAUGCGAAGGCUGCGCACAGCUCCGACGUGAUUAGUCCUGCGAUUUCUAAUUGGAAGGAAGUGAGCGAGAUACCAUCUUGGCAUCGGCCUCUCUAA